GGUGAUGUCACAUAGAGGGGGGCAGAGGAGACUUAUUAUAAUUUGGAAAGUGAAAGUAAAGCUGUAGUAGAAGAAUGAAUACAGGGCUGGCAGGGCUAGAUCCGAGCAGAUCGACACAGCCAACAGCAUAUUACGUGUGAGUCUGCAUGGUGACAGAGGCAGCAUGAUAUUAUGGAGAUUUGUGACCCACGUGUUUGCAAUCGUGCUCCUGUGCAUGAUAGACCUGUCUGAACUGGGGAUGUGCAAGCUGGAGUAUUUCAGCAUGAAAGAAUUGAAGAAAACUAUCUUCUCUAACAGAAGUCUGCCAGACCUUAUCCAAAUUGCAAGAAUUGACAAUCUCAAGGACAUGGUAGAAUGUACUGUGGAGAGACAGUACCUAGAAAAUAAAAACACAAAAUUGAAAUCCCUUUUACAGUGCAUCCUCAAAGAAAAUAUUUCAGACAGUUACACCAAAAUGGACAAGUGCCAAGUGGAAUUUUCCCAGUAUGUCACACACUACCACUUUAUGUGCCAGAUGCUCAAAGCUGCGGAUGUAUUUGAAAAACAUCUGAAUGAAACAGACUGCAAAUACGAUGUCGUCUGCCCUGUCUAUGAAAUGAAACCAACCACUGAACUGCCAUCACCAACAACAUCAGCUACUGCAAUGCAGCCACCAACAACAUGGCCAGAAAGAACAACAGCCCCAACAGAUUUGCAACCAUCACUACCAACCCCACUACAGACAACAUCAACAACAGAAAAGACAAUAACAACACAGACAACAACAGGCUCACCGAACUCAUCUGCUUCAAGUGAUGGGACACACGACAAGGUUAAAUCAGUUGAAAUCGUCUCACUGAGGACGAUGCUCACAUUGUCGCUGUUCUUCAACACGGUUGGGCCCCUGAUUGUUUACCUGUACAUGCGUCGCCACAGGACGCAGUAUGGACCUUGCCCGACAAUUUUACAUAAUGGAUUACAUCAGAUCCCACCAGGAGUUCAGCCAGGGACUGAGAUGAUGUCAAGCACACAGGUGCCAUCUGCAAGUCGGGAAGAAGUAGAGUCAUCACAUUUGAUACAGCCCCCUUAGUGUCAUUCCAUUGCCUAAACAGAACGCUUGCGAUGACUGAUGGAAGUGCCAGGACCUUUCUGUGGAAAAUAUAAUAUUCUCAACAAGAACUUGCUUAUAUUAAUACAUUUUUCACAGUUGGUGCAACACUGCUGUCAAAUGUAACAAGGUGUGAAGGAGUCAGAAGUAUCUGCUGGGUUCAUGGAGUGACACACUGGAUGACUGUGAUAUGAAAAUAUUUGUAGCCAGCAUAUGGGGGAAGUUUACCUCACUGCAGAGAGGUGAAUGUGAUGGAGUGUGCCAAUUUACUCAGCUAUAAGUCAAAGGGAAAUUAGAGCAUUAUCAGACUGAAGUAAACUGACAUUUCAACUGAGACACUCCUUUUGGCCUGAUUUUGAGGAAUUUCUGUGAGUCAUCCUCAUGUUCUUCUCUGUGCUACAUGAACAAACACACUGGGAUUGUUACAGUGUUAAGUAUUUAAAAAAACUUUUAUGAUGAGUGAUAGCCAGUUUUACAACAAAGAGAGUAAAUUAACUGUGUGACAUGUUUCCUGUACAAACUCAAAUUGGUGAUUUAACCCCAGGAAUUCAAGUGCCACUGGGUGAUCAGUUUCAGUUUCAGAAUGACUUCAGCUCUGCAGAGCAGUUUACUGAACCUCUAAAGUAUCCCUUCAGCUUCCUGUUCUGUCAAGUCCAACAAUCCAACUUUAUAACAACAAAACUGUGUAAAGAAAAUGCUAACGAUCUUCUAACGUUAUAAUUCAGUGAGACAUUCACCUCGUUUCAGCCACAAGUUUUUGAAUGUGGACCAACAGUAUAAACACAAAUAUAAAGAUAUUUUUUUUAUGUUAGAAGUUCUCUGUGUAUUUUAUCCCAAAAGCACUGAUAGUUUAUAGUGUACUGAAAUAUUUUCUACAACAAAACAACAGCGCCAAUGUGACAACAUUAUGAACAGUUUUACAUAAGCUUUUAUGUUAUUUAUGUGUCUUUUAAAUGUUUGUUCUGGAAAUGUUCUCUUACCCAUACAAAUUUCAUUAACAGAAGACCUACAGUGUUUGUUUAAAUUUUAAAUAAUCCAAGGGAGAGUGAGAGUGUGCUGGAGCUGGCUGCGGUGAUCAGGGCAGGAGGCACGUUAACAACAAGCAUCAAAAACACAAGCACUGGAGGUUACUCAAAAGGUUCUCAAAAAGAGCACUGGAAACUUCUCUGGGAGAUCUCGAGAGAAGGAGCCUGGAGCUGACGUUUACCGUAAGGUAAGGUUGGCGAGACUCAGGUGCUGAAGAGAGCUGCAGCAGGUCCUAAACAGUGAUCCUCAAUGAGUGAUUCGCUGCAGGUGUGCGCUCUCCUUAGCACCGGGGGGGGGGGGCGGGGUGAAUGCCUCAGGGAAAGCAAAGAAAGUUAGCAGCCAGAAACAGCCUCCGGAACCGGAAGCUAACAAAAAUAAGAUAACACAACGACAAUAAACACCACAAUUUCCUUUCCUAUUCAUGUUUAAACAAGUAGCAAGUUUGACACUGUGCCUUUUAAUGGUUCAGUUAAUUUGUGUUUUUAGCAGGCAAAAAAGGAUUGUCACACUCCGUGGUUUUGUAUUCACAGCAUAAAUGGCGUAAUGUUUAGUACUGAAUAAUACUGUUAUAGAAUGAAGUAUGAAAGGAGCUCUCCUGAUGGUGCUGAGAGCAGAGCAGAAAGUAUGAAGCUGCAGUAUCUAUGCUUGUUGCCUUUACAUAUUUGAUCACCGUGAUUUUUUGCAUGUUCAAAACACCAUGGAAGUAAUUUUAAAGGUAUUCUUCAAUUUUUUAUUUAAUGUUUUUUUUUUAAUCUGUAAAUACAAAGUUAUUUUUAAGUUCAUCUUGUGAAUAUUGAUCAAAACAUCUGGUAUGUCUGGUCUUUUAUUUCGUAAUUUAUGAAAUAAAAGUGGAAAAAGUGUA